GGUGGAUGAGAGCUACCAAUGACCAGCUGUCACAGGUCAGACAGUUGGGCGCGGCCGGCGGUGGAGCUGCUUUUCGGUGACGAGUGUGACCUGGGCUGACCCGGACGAACCCAUGGUGGCUACUUGACAGCAACAUUUCCCGGAUCAAGGAAACGAGAUGGUCAAAUAUCUGUCAUGGUUUGCAAGUAAGCAUGGCCUGCUUCGUGAAGAAUGUGUCUCCAACUGUCCGUUGGUAGUUGAUGGCAAUGAUCUCAUCGUGUCAUUGAAAAACUGGUGUUAUGAUAAAAUAGACGAAGGAGGCAUCUACCAAAGUUAUGCGAGGAACGUGAAAACGUUUUUCUGCGACUUGCAAAGAUCCGGAAUUUCUCCUGUUGUGCUGCUCCAUGACGAGCUACCCGUCAGACUGGGCAUAUCACGGGUGUCCGUGGAAUUCGACUCGGAUUUCAUACAGGACUCAUACAAGGACCACGGCUUUCGACUUACUGAGGAUCUAACCAGUCAGCUGCUUUACAAAAACAUAUUUUUGCAGGUACUUCGGCGCCUGGAGAUACCGCACAUCGUCUGUUUGAAUGAUGCAACCGCCGAGUUCACUGCGCUGGCCCGAAAACUGGACUGUCCAAUCAUGGGAAUUCAGAAUAAGUACCUGACCCAGAACAUAGUCGCCGUCAAGGUACCACGAAAAAGGGCCGUGCUGCAGCUUCGCCAUCCGCCGCCGGGACAGAAGGGGUUCUACAUGCCCUGUGAGGUGUUCCACCCUGAAAGAUUCCUGAAGAAGUUCGACAUCUCCGUCGAGAUGCUGCCUCUCGUCUCGACGAUCCCGGGCACCGGUCCACAUCCGCCAGCCCUGUUCGACGCGUUCUUCGAGAAGCUUGAGGAGCAGUACCACUCUGUGGAGCAGAAGCAAUUCCGACGACUGGACCUGCUGAUGCGGUGGCUCUCCGACAAGGAUUCCAUUGAAACUGCCCUGAAAGAGGUGCUCUGCAGCUGCCAAAUUUCCGAACAGGAAAAGUGGGACAUCGAAGACCAAAUUCAUCGAAUCAUCAGCUGCCAAGAAAAAAGCAGUCUCGAGUUUUUCAGGGACGCCAGGACCAUGAUGCUGCCCAAAGGGAUGGUGCUGUGCGACAUAGCUGCUCCCGUGGCUCCUUCAGUCCUCUCUGGCUACACUCCAAGUUCAGCCCCCACUGACCCCACUCCAGUCCCCACUGGCCCCACUUCAGCCCCCACUGACCCCACUCCAGCCCCCACUGACCCCACUCCAGUCCCCUCCGACUUCAGCUCCACUCCAGCCCCCACUGACCCCACUCCAGCCCCCACUGGCCCCACUCCAGCCCCCACUGACUCCACUCCAGUCCCCACUCCAGCCCUCUCUAUCCGCCCCAUCCCUACCCGCAGGCCACCACUGUAUGACCCCACUCCACCCGCAGCCAAAACCCGUCCCGCCUGGGUCAAAUUCCCACAUCCGCCGGCACUGCGACAAGCGGCAGCUAGCGGUACCGUGCGCACCAGCUGUCUCAGAGCCGUGUACAAUGUGCCAAUAAAGCUGAUACCAAGAGUCGAAGGUGAUGACCUCCCGUUCAGCCGCAUGGCAGCUAUGCCGCUGCAGGCGAGACUCUCGGCGCUGCUGGGAGCUCCGACCCAGCCGCUGGUGCUGCUUGGUGCCGUCCACAGGGGCGAGAAUCACCAGCUGCUGGCGAGCUGCACAUGGCGCGCGCCGCUGCUGGAUUGCGUCCUGCUGGGAGGCGAGCAAAGCCGACUCCGAGCGGCGCUCAGCACGCUACAGCUGCGGCCGAACACGCUGGACGCGCUGCCAGAGCUGCUGCGGCUGCCGGCCGCCGCGCUGGUCGAGUGGCGGCGAGUCACGAACCCCCGCAGCGGGCGAGGUCAGGUGCGCGCCGUGCUGCUGACCCUGCUGGCGAUGACGCCGGCCGACACGCCGCCCUCGGCGCUGGGCCUGAGCGCUUCAGCGGCCGCCGAGUGGCGAGCCCGAGCCUGGCCAUGGCGCUUUGCACAGCCUUCGAGAGGUCGGACUGACCGGAAAGCGAUGCACCUUCAGAACGAGCUGCAGGACGUGUUCAAGACGGUGCUGAGCGUGAACGAGGUGCUAGAGCAGCCCCUGCAGCAGCUGGAUGUGGUCGAUACAAUCCACGUGCCGAUGACGAUGCUAUUCGGCUUUGCCAGCUACGGCUACGACCCCGAGCCUGGAGAAGAGGUGAUGAGCCUGGUCGACGCGGUGGCAGACACUGUCGAGGAGGAGGUCUGCUGGUGGCUGGACAACGGACGGCAGGACAGCGGCAGUGCAGGUGCUCCUGCAUGGACGCCUCCACACAGUCGCCAAGGUCCCUCCAGCUCGGAGCACACGGAUCUUGGGGCAGUCAGAGAGCUCACCGGCCUCAUCAACAAGCUGACCGGCGAGAACGCGCCGCACCUGCUGGAGAAGAUGCGCCACGUCUCGGUACAAACCGAGUACGGACUCUACGCACUCGUCGAUGUUGUCUUCCGAGCUGUGCUGAAGAUGCCGCGACUGAUCGAUAUUUGCGCUGACGCAUGCGCAGUGCUUGACAAACUCCAGGUGAAGUCAGACCGCAGAGACGGCACGGCCGUCAGCUUUGGCGACUUCAUGCUGACCCGGCUGUCGCGUGGCCUCGCGCCCGUCAACCGGAACACACUCUCGCGGGAAGACCUGCUGCAUCACCUGGAGACGGUGGAAGACCCCGCGGAGCGCCGACGCCAGCUGCGGGAGCUGACAGACUGCUGGCGACAGGCCGAGAGGCGGCGCUGCGUCUGCCUGCUGCUGCUGGCAGCGCUCAUUCGCCGAAACCUGGUUCCACUCCGGGCAGCAGGGAGCUGCUUUAGCGAGCUGGUGUACGAGCUGAAGCCGAAAGGUAACAGGCUUCGCAGUGUGAAGCUGUUCGAUGACGACAGCGGCCCGGGGAUGAACGCUGUGAAGGAGGCUGCCGAGGAAAUAGUCAACUUCAUCCUAUCUUUAACAAUGCAGCCUAUUCAAUGGAAAACUUACAUGCAAGAAGUUUACGACCAAUUCGCUAUGAACGACUCAACGGAGGAUGAUGACUCCCAGUCUCCUGACGAAGAACCUGAAGCUGGUUGCCAGCCUGAGGCGGAGGGGGAAGCACGAAAGACGUCCCUAGGAAGUACGAAGGGAGUUAGCUCACUUACGGAAGGAGCUGACGUGAGUCACGAGACUGUACUUGCUGAGGUGCUGUACGAGCCGGGGCUGAAAGGUUACAGGCUUCUCAGUGCAAAGCUGUUCGAUGAGGAGAGUGGCCUGGAUAUGAACUAUUUUAAAAAAGUCUUCGAGGAGAUCAUCGGCUUUAUCUCACCUCCCGAGAAGUGGGCUAUGCCGCACAAACCUGGCUUCCGAAGGGCCUUUUACAGAUUCGCUAUGAACGACUCAACAGAGAAUGAUGAUUACCAGUCUUUUGAGGAAGAACCUGAAGUUGAUGGCGAGCCUGAGGCAGAGGGGGAAGCACGAAAGACGUCUCUAGGAAGUACGAAGAGAGAUAGUGCAUCUUCGGAAAGAGCUGACGUCAGACACGAGACUGAGGAAAACUAUGAGGCCGUGAAAGGGGUAACGUUAUCCCCAAAUGGUGGCAGUGUGAACACACAAGAAGUGCCUUAAAAGUGUGACACUUGGGAAGAGAACACUUUCAAAAGUGGACGCGUUCGCUACACGCAAGAGAGCUUAGUCUGCGGCAGAUCCCAAAGCAUCAUUUGCUGUGAAGGUAAAGUACUGCUUUAUGUGGUGUCAUUUAAUUUUUCUCAGAUGAGCGUUGAUAUGCCGGCUUGUGAUAUAAGAUAUGAAACGUUGUACUAUGUUAAGAACUUAUGCUCUCUGAACAAGAAAAGAGACAAUGUUUCUUAGAAGUUGGAUGCAGAUGAAAGAUUGAAACAGUCAAAGGUGAGAAGUGAUGCUGAUGGGAGGGGUCGAGGACGAGGAGUUGUUGCGAUGUGAUGUUAAACCUGAAGAAGUCAUAACUCGUGGAGGGUGGGAGAAAUUCUUCUGACUUCAGCUUUUUGUUUGCUCUGUUGGUGAUGUGCUUUGAUGAUCGACUCAAAUGGUUUUAAUUUGUGAGAUUGUUUAUCGUUGCGAAUGAUUUAUCAAAGUGUGUGAUGAUGGAUAGAACGAUAUUUAAAGGAAUUCCAUUUGUAUUACAACACUAUCUAUGUGUAAAUGCUUCUAGUUGUGUUGUGGGUUAUGUUCGUUCUGUUGUGAGGAGGUACGCCCAGUGAUACAUUUUCCAGAUGA